AUGGAUUGGCUCCUUUUCAGGAACAUUUGCCUUUUGAUCAUUUUAAUGGUGGUGCUGGAAGUAAACAGUGAAUUUAUUGUUGAGGUCAAAGAAUUAGACAUGGAGAAUGGCACCACAAAAUGGCAAACCGUCAGAAGACAGAAGCGAGAGUGGAUCAAGUUUGCUGCGGCCUGUAGAGAAGGAGAAGAUAACUCUAAGAGGAAUCCUAUUGCCAAAAUUCGAUCAGACUGUGAAGUGAGUCAGAAGAUUACAUACCGCAUCUCUGGGGCAGGAAUUGAUCGACCACCAUAUGGCGUAUUCACCAUUAAUCCUAGGACUGGAGAAAUUAACAUCACUUCAGUGGUGGACAGAGAGAUAACACCACUUUUCUUGAUCUAUUGUCGGGCUGUAAAUUCAAGGGGUGAAGAUUUAGAAAGACCUCUUGAGCUUAGAGUCAAAGUUAUGGACAUAAACGAUAACCCCCCAGUUUUUACACAAAAUGUGUACGCAGCCAGCAUCGAAGAAAACAGUGAGGCAAACACCCUGGUAGUGAAAUUAAGUGCCACAGAUGCAGAUGAAGAGAAUCAUCUGAAUUCUAAAAUUGCCUAUAAGAUCAUCUCUCAGGAGCCGGCAGGUGCACCAAUGUUCAUCCUGAACAGGUACACCGGCGAAGUGCGCACAAUGUCCAGUUUCCUUGACAGAGAGCAACACAGCACGUACAACCUCCUCGUGAGGGGCUCAGAUCGGGAUGGAGCUACAGACGGACUGUCUUCCGAGUGUGACUGCAGAAUCAAGGUUUUAGACGUCAAUGAUAACUUCCCCAUUUUGGAAAAAACUUUUUACUCAGCCAGUAUUGAAGAGAAUUGUUUAAGUUCGGAACUGAUACGAUUCCAAGCAAUUGAUCUUGACGAAGAAGGCACUGACAACUGGUUGGCAAAAUAUGUAAUUCUGUCUGGAAAUGAUGGGAAUUGGUUUGAUAUUCAAACUGACCCACAAACCAAUGAAGGCAUUCUGAAAGUUGUCAAGGUGCUGGAUUAUGAACAAGUGCCUAAUAUUCACCUUAGUAUUGGAGUUAAAAACCAAGCUGAAUUUCACCACUCAGUUGCUUCUCAGUUCCGAAUGCACUCGACCCCUGUGAAAAUUCAAGUUGUUAAUAUGAGAGAAGGACCCGCAUUUCAUCCAAAUUCUAUGACUUUCAGUGUGAGGGAAGGAAUGAGAGGAAAUUCCUUAUUGAAUUAUGUGCUUGGCACAUACACGGCUAUAGAUCUGGAUACAGGAAAUCCUGCAACAAAUGUCAGGUAUAUCAUAGGACAUGAUGCAGGCAACUGGUUAAAAGUAGAUUCAAGGACUGGUGAGAUACAAUUUUCUAGGGAAUUUGAUAAGAAGUCAAAAUAUAUAACCAAUGGGAUAUACACAGCAGAGAUCCUGGCUAUAGAUGAUGGCACUGGGAAAACGGCCACAGGAACCAUAUGCAUCGAAGUGCCUGAUGUCAAUGACUACUGUCCAGUCAUUGUUGCUGAAAGGGAAACUAUCUGCAUUACUUCUCCCUCCAUCCUUAUCUCUGCAACAGGCGUUACUGAUCACUCUUAUGGGGCUCCCUUUACCUUCUGUGUUGUUGAUCAGCCCCCAGGGACAGCUGACAGUUGGGAUAUCAGAUCAAUAAAUGCUACCUCCGCAAUCCUGACAGCUGAGCAGGCUUUAUAUCCCUUAGAUUAUGAAAUCCCAAUCCUGGUGAAGGACAGUUUUAACAGAGCAUGCGAAUUGCCACAGAUUGUGGCGUUAAAGGCCUGCGAUUGCGACAGCAACCACGUGUGCUUGUACCUGGGUACCACGGGCAUCCACACUGGGGACGGCAGCUCUGUUACCAGUGUGUCUGUCACUGAUGAUCAAACUGGGACUUCAAAUGUUGGACUUGGACCCACAGGGAUGGGCAUGAUUGCUCUGGGCCUCUUACUACUGCUUUUGUCACCACUCUUGCUGCUCAUGUGUUGCUGCAAACGAAAACAGCCAGAAGGGCUGGGGACAAGGUUUGCUCCUGUGCCAGAGGGGGGAGAAGGAGUGAUACAGUCCUGGAGAAUAGAAGGGGCCCAUCCAGAGGACAGGGACAUGUCAAAUAUACGUGCACCAGUGACAGUGACAGCCUCUAAUACCCAGGAUCGUAUAGAUUCCUCUGAAAUCUACACUAACACCUAUGCAGGCGGAGGAACGGUUGAAGGGGGUGUGUCAGGAGUGGAACUCAAUACAGGUCUUGGGACAGCCGCUGGCUUAGUGGCUGGAGGAGCCGUGAGCACAGCCAGGAAGAGGAGCUCAACGCUAGGAACCCAGCGGGACUAUGCAGACAACAGCCUGAACCUGGCCUUCUUGGACAGCUACUUCUCAGAGAAAGCAUAUGCUUACGCAGAUGAAGAUGAAGGCCGGCCAGCAAACGACUGUUUGCUCAUUUAUGACCACGAGGGAGCAGGGUCUCCUGUGGGCUCCAUUGGUUGUUGCAGUUGGAUUGUGGAUGAUUUAGACGAAAGCUACAUGGAAACGUUAGAUCCAAAAUUUAGGACUCUUGCUGAAAUCUGCUUAAACACAGAAAUUGAACCAUUUCCAUCACAGCUGGCGUGUAUACCCAUCAAUACCGACCUCCCUUUACUUGGACCAAAUUACUUUGUUAAUGAGUCUUCAGGAAUGACUCUCUCAGAGGCUGAGUUCCAGGCAGAAAUGGCAGCACCUGAGCCCACAAUUCAUGGGGAUAUUGCAGUGACCGAGACUUACACUACGGCCGAUCCAUGCGUGCAACCCACUGCAAUUGUUUUUGAUCCUCAGCUUUCACCCAACAUUGUAGUAACGGAAACAGUAUUGGCACCUGUCUACGAUGUUCAAGGGAAUAUUUGCGUACCUGCUGAGUUAGCCAACACACACAAUGUAAUCUAUGCUGAGAGAGUGCUGUCUAGUCCUGGUAUGACUGAUAUAAGCAAUAGUAGCAUGACCGAUGGUUGUGUAGGACCCACAAUGAGUGGCGGUAUUUUGGUAGGACCAGAAAUUCAAGUGAUGCAAAUGGUGAGUCCAGACAUUCACUUAAACCAAACCAUUGGUUCCACAUCCCCAAUGACAUCUCGACACAGAGUAACACAGUAUAGCAACAUACAUUAUUCCCAACAAUAA